UGGUGACCACGACUUGUUUUGCCCAGAUCUGUCGAAGAAGCCAUGUCCCAAGGAGGCUUUGCGUGCCAGCCUCCUCCUGAUGUUGACACAGAUGACUGUCUCCAGGAAUAUUCCUACCUCUUCAGUCCUGACAUCCUCAAGGGCAAAGUUGCAUUCAUCACUGGAGGCAGUUCUGGCAUUGGAUUCCGCAUCGCUGAGAUUUUGAUGAGGCACGGCUGCCAGACUGUCAUUGCCAGCAGGAACGUCCAGAGACUGACAGAGGCUGCCCAGAAACUGUCGGCAGCCACUGGCCGGCGAUGCCUGCCCCUGGUUCUCGACGUCAGGCAACCGCAGGCGAUCCUGGCAGCCGUGGAUGAGGCCCUGAAGGAGUUUGAGCGGAUUGACAUCCUUGUUAACAAUGCUGCUGGCAACUUCCUGUGCCCAGCCAGCUCUCUGUCCUUCAAUGCCUUCAAAACCGUGAUUGAGAUCGACACUUUGGGAACCUUCAAUGUCUCCAAAGUCCUGUACGAAAAGUGCCUCCGGGACCACGGCGGAGUCAUUGUAAAUAUAACAGCGACCCUAAGCUACAAGGGCCAGGCUCUCCAGGCGCAUGCGGGGACAGCCAAGGCAGCCAUAGAUGCAAUGACAAAACACCUGGCUGUGGAAUGGGGACCUAACAAAAUCAGAGUGAACUGUGUGGCACCAGGUCCCAUUUCGGGCACAGAGGGAUACCGGCGUUUAGGUGAUUAUAACAUUGAUGAGCAAACUUCCUCUGGUCCAAGGGCCAAAAUUUCCUGCCCAGACCCUCCCCCCAUCGAAUUGCCACUCGGGCAGCACCAAAUCUACCACCGAAAUUUGGCGGUUCAACGGCGGGAAGAACAACACAGAUUUUCCUUUAAAACGAGUUCCACCUCAACUGGAAGAGGGAAACCUCCAUCAAAGAAUCCCGCUUCAGCGGGCAGGGAACAAGACGGAGAUUGCCCACAGCGUCCUGUACCUAGCCAGCCCGCUAGCCUCCUAUGUGACGGGCACGACCCUGGUGGUGGACGGCGGAUCCUGGAUGACCUCCGAGAACGACUUCCCCGCACUGUUGGGUAUUGCCUCAAACUCUGCUAAGCUCUAGAUUUCUGGUCUACGGAAUUAAAGAAAGAUAAAUGAAAGAAGACCCACAGAACCUCACGGACACUACAGCUUAGAUGUUUCUCCACGAACUUCUGGGCAGGGCCAAAGGUGGCAGCCACACAACUUUCAAGCUGUAAAGUAGCUUAGAUGUCAGGGGCAAUGACAGUGUUUAAGAUUAUAUCUCUUGAUGUCACGGGAGAGGAGGUUGCGUUGAUGGCAUAGAGGCUAGAAGGUCACAGGCUCUCUCAUAUUCUCACCCACGAGCUUUCUAUUUCAUGCCAAAUUAUGCACUGUGUGGCACAAAACAGCUGCCUGGGAUGGUAGUGUAUAAGAAUGAAAUCCCCCGGUUGCUUCUUGAUGAUCUGAAUAUAUUUGCCUUGGUUUUAAUUUAAUUAUUUUUUUUACAAAUUUCCAUGUCGAUUGCCUUCUCUUUGGUGAUUGCCAUCCGAGCGUUCCUCAAGAAAAGGUGCGCGCUGCGCAUGAUCAAUAUUUACCCAAUCCAGCCUGAAUUUUCUCAGCCUCCCAAUUCUGGACCAAACAGGGUAAUUCUGCACUUUCUGCCAAAGCUCUGUAUCCUCCUUUCGCUGAAAUAACCCCCUCCUUAGAAUAAAUUCUUUAUCUUCUGUCUCAUAA